AUGGCGGAAUCGGCCCACAAGAAGGUGGAGUGCAAACCGAUCGUGACGGAUGAGAAGCGAAGUCCGGUGAGUUUACUGAGAGCGUUGCAAAGUGUGGCAAAAGUUUUGAGAAUGUGGCUAUUAUGAAUCAGCAGUCUGUCGGGAAAAUCAUGAGCACUCUGCCGCAGAGAAAAUCGGGUUGCUGAAGCGAAAAGAAAUUUGAUUUUACCGGGACACAAUUCAUUUGCGGCGAUGCGAUUUUCGCUGCGACAGAGUGCUCAUUAUUUUCCCGACAAACUUAUAGCACAUAUUUUCAUAAAGUGCACGGACAUUUGUUGCACCGUGAGAAAAAAGAACCCGGGUUUGCACCGUGCAUGUCGUAUACUCUCGUGGUCAAAAAGAUGAUUAGGACAUUUGCAUGUGCGAAAAAUAGCCGAAAAAACGCGGCGCACUUUCUGGAACAACUAUUAGCACUUUCACAAAGUGCCUGGACAUCUUUUCGCUUGCGCAUAGUACAUCUUGAAUUUUUGUCGCCAACGCACUGUGGAUUUUUCUUUGCGCACCGUGCAAACCUGAAAGAAGCCGAUUGCACUGUGCAAAUUUUUGAGAAAAACCGCAGCGGCGCAGUUGAGAACAGCUUACGCCGUAGCGAUAUUUCAAAUGCACAGUGCAAAACCAAAAAAAGGUGAGUGCACGGUGCAAGAACUCGCGCAUUUUUGUGCACGGCGCGGAUCGCGACAAAUGUCCAGGCACUUUGUGAAAAUGCUAAUAUGUAGGCCCUCUUUUUAAAAAAACCUUAACCUUGAAAAACACAUACUUCCACACCUUUCCAAAAUUCUUUCAGGUCUACUUCCAACUCAAAAAUGAGUAUGGUAUGACAAUGCAACGGACCAUAACCGAAUAUGAAGACCUUUACGAGAAGAUCAAAGGCUUCCUGCCCCAUGAUUUCGACCGUCCACCAAAAAAGAAGACCUUUUUCCCAUCGCCGAAGAAGCUGGCGGAGGAUCGAAAAUUUUGGAUCCAAAAGUUGAUCAAUUUCUGUGUCAGAGAGCUGCGCGAUCGGUAUGAUUGUGUUGGUAACUUGAGAUAAUGUGAUUCUGUCUUUAGCAAAGAAGUUCAGCACUUUUUGGGACCGCUUGGAAUUGUGGAAGAUGAAGAUAACGUCGAUUUGGGACCUUCGGAGAGGAAAACGUACGUGAUUUUGAGGGUGUUGUACAUAGUACGUCUUAAUGUUUGCAUGGUUAGCAUCCAAAAUAAAUUUUGUACGCAAAAAAAUGGUAAAAAAUUAAGAAAAUAUCUUAAAUUUGCUUUCCUUCAUUUUUUCAAAAAAAAACAGAAUCGCCUGAGGCAUUCUAUGAAAAAGUGAUUCCUAUGAAUGCUAGAACAACUUUCAAAUUUAUUAAAAUAGUCUUUUUCGCUUAUGUAAGGAGGGCAAAUUAAUUUCACUUUCGAUUUCCAGCAAAAUUUGUAGCAAAAUGAGCAAAUCCCCUCUGUACUUCCAGAAUUGCCCCAAAUCACUUCGAAUACCUGAAAACAAUCGGCAAAGGGAGUUUCGGCCGAGUGUUCAUGGUGCGCUAUCGGAUGGACGGGAAAAUCUACGCAAUGAAGGUGCUCGGAAAGGCCCGAAUCUUGAAGAGGAACGAGGCCAAACACGUAAUGGCCGAGCGGAACGUCUUGAAGUCGAACAUUAAUCAUCCGUUCCUGGUGUAUCUGCACUACAGCUUCCAGACCAAGGACAAAUUAUACUUUGUGUUGGACUUUUUGAACGGCGGAGAGCUCUUCUUUCAUCUGCAAAAGGACCGGCAUUUCAGCGAGAAUCGUGCGCGAUUCUAUGCGGCCGAAAUUGCGAGUGCCUUGGGGUAUUUGCACGAGCGGCAGAUUAUUUAUCGGUGAGCUUCUAUCCGACUUAGUAUAAAAAUCGUUCUUUUCAGAGAUUUAAAGCCAGAAAACUUGAUCCUCGACAGAUACGGUCAUGUUGUCAUCACCGAUUUUGGACUUUGCAAAGAAGGCAUCAAGCUGAAUGAUCUGACACAAACCUUUUGUGGAACUCCGGAGUAUUUGGCGCCAGAAAUCAUUCAAAAGAAACCUUAUGGACUCACGGUUGAUUGGUGGUGUCUGGGCGCAGUUUUGUACGAGUUUAUGUUUUCACUGGUAAGGAAAUUUACAAUCAAAUUUUCGGUCGAAUUUGACGUCAAGAAGAAUUUUUGCAAAGUCUUAGAACUCUGAGGUUCUUUAAGUCAUCAAAAUCCCAAAAUUUACACUAUGAAUCAUGAAUUUUUUAGCCUCCAUUCUACUCCAAAGACCACAAAGAGAUGUACGAAAAGAUCCUCUACAAGCCCCUGUCAGUCCCAGCGACGGCAUCAGCCACGACGAAACAAGUUCUCAACGAUUUCCUCAAAAAAGAUCGCUCGGAACGACUGGGUGCCAAGAAUGACCUGGAGGAAAUCAAGGAACAUCCAUUCUUUGCCACAAUUGAUUGGGAAAAGUUGUUGAAGCGAGAGUUGAAACCUCCAUUCGUGCCGAAAGUGAAAAACGAAACGGACACGGGUUAUAUUGCGUCCGAAUUCACGGAUGUGCAGCCUAAUCCGGGUAUGUUGAGAUAAUUUUUUUCGCUUUUUUUGGCUAGCCAGAACCACCCUUCGCUAGCCCACCCUCACAACGAUUCAUGACUAGUUGAGACUUUUUUGUGGAUGUACUAGCAAAGUGCGGUUUUGACAAGCCAAAAAGCGAAAAAAUGAUUUUACUACCCUAUCGAUAUGGGAGUAAAAUCAUUUUUUAGCUUCGGCCAUCCCACUUCACCCUAAAACUCCCAAUUUCAGCCUCCCUCGCUCCCAACACAAUGAUCAGAGGGCAGGACACCGAGUUCAUCGACUUCACCUACCAACCCAAUCGUCUGCACAUGGACGGACCCACAAGCUGA